AUGGCUCCAUCAACCUCCGAGUCUCUGCCCCCAGAACUCCUCUCCGCAAUCUUCGCAGAAUGCAUCGCGCAGGCUCACGACCCCACUUGGUCUCCAUGGCAUGAGCACCGCUGUGACCUCUCCUGCAUACGGGACUGGAGCCAGGUCACCCUCGUCUGCCGCUACUGGCGCUCCGUCGCACUCUCAACUCCCUCACUUUGGUGCCGCCUCCCCGGCGCAUGGUUCUACACGAAAACCAUGCUCGCUCGUGCGGACACACUACCCCUCAGCAUCUCUACUCUGCCGCAUCCCAAGUACCUAGAACGCCUAUCAAAACAACGCCGCAGGUGUGAGGUGAUGGGCGGGCUCGAGCCUGAGGAGGAUGCAUAUAUCGACCUCAGCAACGUGGUCACAAUGCAUCUGGGACGCAUCAGGGAGCUCGUUGUGCCAGUGACUGCUGAAACGCUCCCCGACCUCAUGUCCAGAAUCAACAGAGGACUGUCUGCUGAGCCCCGCAUGCUCGAGUCGCUCAGCUUACAUUACCACGACUCUUUGAUUAGGAGUGUGCAUGGGCCCACGGAUGCUGAAGCCGCUCUGCCUAACGCGCCUCAGCUCAAGCGCCUGCACAUUUACAAUGCACCUCCACUUGCGAUAAGCCCUUCGAUGCUGGACGGUAUGCAUAACCUCCGCGAGCUUUCGCUAUCUCGGACAAUGGCGGCCCUCGGCGAUCUGUCGGGACAUCGAAUUUACCUUCCGCGACUCGCCCGUCUCAAUCUCGAAGAUCCUAUAGAUUUGUGUCAGCACUUUAUAGAGGCACUUCACCUUCGUGACCCUCUCGAAUACAUCGGCAUCGAACCUCCUCGAUGGCCAUAUUACGAAUCCCUGUCUAACGGCUUCCCGCCCCUCCGAGACAUCUUCCUGGCACAUCACGUCCUCGGGCAGUCACAGAGCAACAAAUUCAAAAACCCAGACACCCCGCUCGAUCUAUCCGCCUACCACACCGCCCUCGGCAUCAGCACACGCAGAAAAGUCUGGGACUCUGGCACGAGCUCCACCUUCUACUUCGGCGCAACCCCCGCCCCCUACCCAAACGCGCCUCCAUCCGACUCCCCCGGAACGCUCUCCGCCCUCCGCGAGCGCAUCACCACCUCCGACAGCCGGUGCGCCGCGCGCGCUGACCUCAGCCACCCCGGCCUCUUCGCCAGCGCGCACGCCCUCAUGCCCGCGCCGCGCCUCCUCAGCGCCGUCGCACGGCUCUUCCCCGUCGCCGACGUCGUCUCGCUGGACAUCAGCGCGGGGAGACACGACCCGGCCCCGCGCAGCGACGGCGGCGGCGGCAGCGAGGUCGUCUCACCCGCGACGCUACGCACCAUCCUCGCUGCGACACCCCGCGUGCGCUACCUCCGCACAUGCAAAGUCCGGCUCGAAGACAUCGUCGCGGCUUUGCACCCCUAUCCCCGCCCCUCUGAGCCGAGCGGCGACAGCACCAUCACCAUCACCAGCUCCUACACAGCGCUCCUCCCCUCCUUAAAAUCCCUCGCCCUCGACGACAUCGACUUCCUCCGCUUCGGCGCCGCCGAGUACAUCGGCGUGAAAGACAUGCGGGGCCGCCCCCUCCCGCAGAAAGGCCUCACGCUGCUCGCACCGUGCCUCGCGCGCCGCGUCGCGUGCGGCUUCGCGCUCGAGCAGCUGGAGAUCCGGCGGGAGAGCCAUUUGCGGGACGAGGAGCGCGCGGCGCUGGAGGAGUUGCGGGGGGUGGAGGUUAGGGUGGGUAAAGGGCCUGGGCGCGUGCGUAUUUGAAGCGUGCGCAUCUUGAGUGGUAUAGCUGGGUUUGCUAGACAGAAAUUUCGCGCCCACUCGAUAUUUGGCACUGACGUCGAGGCGUGUACCAUGCGACGUCUCGACGGAUUUCCUCCUCUUUUAAAUUAUCACACCAGCUUGAGCGUACUAUUUAGCAGCAUAAAUACUUCGGCUUUGUAUAAUAAGGUACAUCGUGAAUAGGCUAGUAUACAACACAACAUCUGAUCAAAUACAUUCAAUGCGAUA